AUGGUGACUUCAUUUGACAAGGAGGUUGAGUGCAUCAUGGCCAAGCGAGAGGUGCGACGCAAGGGUGUACCAAGGUACUUUGAGUACUUUGUCAAAUGGAAGGGCCUGCCAAAGUCCGAAGGCAACUGGGAGGAAGAAGUCUUUGUGGAAGUACAAAGACAUCAUCGAAGCAUUCGAAUAAGAAGGAUCUACCACGGCGACGAGGACGUCACCGGAUUAGGUGGGGAAGAAUGUCACGGCCCACAUGUUCAAGGCCCAACCCGUUGGAUUGAUCAUGCUAGACCUCUUAGCCCACAUGUCCAGAUUCAUUGUACACCACCUACUGUGGUGGUAGGUGGGAUAGGAACAAUAUAUAAGGGGGAUGACACAUUGUGUAUCCUUACCUCACAACCUGAAGGAGGCUAA